AUGAAGCACUCAACAUCAACUACUCCCUGCGAGCCCAUCGCCAUUAUAGGCAUAGGAUGCCGCCUCCCAGGCCAAGCCUCAUCCCCAUCCAAACUCUGGGACCUCCUCAUCAACAAUGCAACAGGCUAUGGCCCCGUCCCACCCUCACGCUUCAAUGCCGCAGCAUACUACCACCCCGACGCCGACCGACCGGGGAGCAUCAACUCUACCGGCGGAUACUUUAUCCAAGAAGACAUUCGCGCCUUCGAAAAUGCCUUCUUCGGAAUCAACAACCUGGAAGCGACAUCCAUGGAUCCGCAACAGCGAAAGCUCCUCGAAGUGACAUACGAAGCGCUCGAGAACGCGGGAAUACCUUUAGAAAAAGUCCACGGGACCAACACCGGCGUCUAUGUGGGGAAUUUCACCAAUGACUUCUUGAACAUGCAGUACAAAGACCCGGAGUACUCCUCCCGAUAUACUGCCACAGGAACAGGCUUGGCUGUGCUGGCCAAUCGCAUUACGCAUUGCUUUGAUCUACGGGGACCGUCGCAUGUUGUUGAUACGGCGUGUUCGUCGUCCUUGUAUGCGCUGCAUUCGGCUUGCUUGGCGCUGGAUGCUGGGGACUGUGAUGCGGCUGUCGUGGCGGCUGCGAAUCUAAUUCAAUCACCGGAGCAGCAGAUGGUCGCUGUUAAGGCGGGAGUUUUGUCGCCGGAUGCGAUGUGUCACACUUUUGAUGAAAAGGCGAACGGGUAUGCAAGGGCGGAGGGGGUGUCGGCUGUUUAUUUGAAGAGGCUGGGUGAUGCACUGAGCGAUGGGGAUCCUGUUCGUUCGGUCAUUAGGGGGACUGCUGUUAAUGGAAAUGGUCGAACACCGGGCAUUUCUCAGCCAAGUGUGGAAGGGCAAAGGGCCGUUAUUCGGGCGGCGUAUCGUCGGGCGGGUCUGGAUCCGGGAGAGACGGAUUAUGUCGAGGCGCAUGGGACUGGCACUAAAGUUGGUGACCCUACAGAAGUUGAGGCAAUAUCCGGUGUUUUUCAGCAUCGGGCAGGACGCCCAACGCUCGUUGGCGGAGUCAAACCCAAUUUGGGCCACAGCGAAGGGGCGAGUGGUCUGUCGGGUCUAAUUAAAACCAUCCUAACAGUCGAGAAUAAGAUAAUCCCUGCGACGGUUGGGGUGAAAGUGAUCAAUCCGAGGAUCAAAUGCAAGGAAUGGAACGUAGACAUUGUCACUGCGAAUCAAGCGUGGCCGGGAUCCCAGAACCCACGAGCCUCAGUCAACUCGUUUGGUUUUGGGGGCUCAAAUAGCGUUGCUAUUGUGGAAGCGUGGGAGCCAGACCUGGUGACCAACGGGUAUGGGGAGUCGCCGAUGGCCAGUGAUUUGGCUGAACUCGUUUCUCACUCAGCUCAUCCUGUUCCAAUCAAUGACCUGGCAUACACGCUGAGCUGCCGUCGCUCCAAGAUGGGUACUCGUGGGUUUUUCAUCGAAUCUCAGGCGAGUCUGAACAAGGGGCUUGAUAUGUCAAACCUGAGGUUAAGAGGACUCGACAAUGAAGAACCAUUCCCGUUGGGUUUUGUGUAUACCGGACAGGGCACACAGUGGGCUGGCAUGGCGAAGGAGCUUUUUAGCAAUUGCAGCGUGUUCGAAAGUACCAUCAAGUAUCUCGAUUCCUGCCUCCAAACUCUGGCUCCGAAAGAUACUCCCACCUGGACGCUUGAGGGUAUUCUGCGCGGUAAAGAAAACCACGAUAUCAGCGCCGCAGAAAUAUCACAACCACUUUGCACUGCGGUGCAGAUCGCGCUGACAAAUAUGCUCAAAGACUGGGGUGUUUCCCCGGAGACGGUGGUUGGCCACUCCUCUGGUGAGAUAGGGGCAGCGUACGCUACUGGGGCUAUCGAUGCCCGGCAAGCCAUCUUCGCGGCUUACUUUCGUGGAGCUGUUGUUUCUGAGGUCUCUGCUGAAGGUUCCAUGGUUGCUGUAGGUCUUGGAAAAGACCAGGCACAGGCGAUAGUCGAGGAAUGUGGGUUAACAGAGUCUGCUAUCGUCGCAUGUGCGAACUCUCCGGAAAGUACUACCGUUAGUGGCGAUGCAGACGCCAUAUAUUCUCUACUCAGAGUGUUUCAAAAGAGAGGCAUCUGGGCACGGAAAUUGAUGACUGGGGGUACAGCGUAUCAUUCGCACCAUAUGAAGGCUAUCAGUGGUCAAGUCAACGGUCAAGUGCAUGGUCACGUCAAUGGAUAUCCUAACGGCUUUUCUGAUGGUCAUAUUAACAGUCAUGAUAAUGAGAUUGUAAACGGCUACGUAAAUGGAAGCGUUGAUGGCCAUGUUAGUGAGAAAGUCAACGGCUACGCUAAUGGCCAACUUGAUGGUCAAGGGGAUACUCCCACGCCAUCAGUGACCAUGAUUUCAACUGCGACCGGUGGCCGGAUCAGUACAAAUCAAGUCGGGACAACGAAAUACUGGCGCUCGAAUCUCGAAUCCCCAGUACAGUUUGACGCGGCCAUCAAAAUCAUCUUGGAGCAAGGGAGUUAUCAUCUGAUAGAAAUCGGUCCGCACUCGGCCUUACAGCUCCCCAUAAAGCAGACUGCCUUAGUCAUGAAACAGAGUCGCUAUGCCUACAGUUCUGCUCUCAUACGCCACCAAGAUGCCCAGCUAACCACCCUUCAACUUGUCGGUUCCUUGUUCUUGCAUGGACACGAUGAGCUUCAGUACCAUAAGAUGUUCGUAGAUACCCCCCAACCUCACGUCUUAGUCGACUUGCCGCCUUACCCCUGGGACUACAGCUCACCCACCCUAUGGACUGAGCCUCGCGCCAGUGUCGAGUUUCGUCACCGCAAAUACCCACGGCACGAGCUCCUAGGAUCACAAGUAUCAGGAGGGAACACCGCAGGUGUGACGUGGCGCAAUAUACUGGACCUCAAUGAGGCCGACUGGUUGACUCACCAUUGCCUGGGUGCAUGGGUAUUAUUCCCCGCCGCGGCGUAUAUUGCGAUGAUAGUGGAAGCAAUGUGCCAGGUUGCAGGGCUACAGCUGGAAGAUAGUCCUGGAGUGGAACUUCGCAAUCUCAACUUCGUCAAAGCACUCGAUAUGGACCUCAAGAAGAAGCCAUCGGUGGAGAUCUUUUCUGAGAUGCGCCCGAUGGCUAUCUCUAGUGUGACAAAUUCGGACACUUGGUGGAAUUUCAGUGUCGUCUCGAUCGACGGCGAUUCACGGGCAACUUUGCAUAUGAAUGCGGCUGUGCGGCUAGCAGAUUCCUCGCCAUGCAUAGAUCGGAAAAUCAAGCUUGAUAAAUCAAUGAUGCAGAAAGAUGCAGCCCGCGUCUGGUACGACAGGUUCCUUCAAGUAGGGUUGAACUGGGGACCUCGGUUCGCUGUCUUGGAGGAGAUUUUCCGGGAUCGCGCGCGGACGGCGCCCAUAGCAGCAUCUACUACACAUCUUCAGCGCGGAGACAGAUUUAGUCGGUACAUUGCAAACCCGAUUUCUAUAGAUGCAAUGUUACAAACAUCAUUUAUUGUGACUACUGGUGGCUGGGUGAGCAAACUCCGCGCGACGGUUCCUGUUGCAAUGGACUCGGUAUACGUCGCGCCUCCGUCGGCCCUUGACAUGGAUACGAAUAAGCCAUGCAGACUCGCACCGGGGGCAACUGUCAUCACGAUAGGGGAUGUUCCCAGCGACGGUAUCACUUGGACAAAGACCAUAAGAGGAAGUGACUCUUUCCCCGUGACAGUUGGGACUAUAAAGGGCCUCGUUAGCCAGAGAACGAUCAUCGAAACCCCGACAGUCGUGGUGACCCGAGAUGAGAAUAUCACACCUCUAGACAUAAAGCUCCAAAAGAUCCUACAAGAACAUCUUGGAUCUCCCGUCACUAUCGUUAGCUUGUCCCAGGUCAGCCCCGCAACCGUUCCGGACCGGGCAUUCGUCAUAUCCACUUUAGAACAGCAGGAGCCGCUUCUGAUCAGUAUGAACGAGUGUGAAAUGGCACUGCUGAAAAAUAUCACCGAUCGUGUAGCCAAGAUUGUAUGGGUCGUCAAUGGCGGUUUUAUCGAUGGAGAGAAGCCCGACUUCGCGCCGGUUCUAGGGCUCUCCCGUGCGCUGAUGCUCGAACAGCCUUCACUUCAAUUCGCGGUUUUAGAUGUGGAUGAUGAAUCAGCAUCAUCUGGAGAAACCCUACGUAACAUCAUCAAUGUAUUGGAUCGAUUGAUCCAUGAAAACGAGCCGGACUUUGAAUUCGCCCAACGAGAUGGCAUCCUCCAUAUAUCGCGCUGGGAACCAGACGAGCGUCUGAAUGAAGCCUUCCGCCUCAAGCAAAACAACGGAACCAUGGAUCUUUCCUUAGCAAAUGCCGGACGAUGCAAAUUAGAUAUCAAGGACCCGGGGCACAUGGACACGAUCCAUUUCGUACAAGAAGACUAUUCAACCUCCUUGCAUCCGGAUUAUGUGGAGGUCAGCGUGAAGAGUGUUGGUAUAAACGCAAAGGAUCUGUAUGCCAUCAGCGCGAAGGUUGACACCAAGGAUACAACAUGUUCGUGUGAAUGUGCCGGUGUCAUCACAGCAGUGGGCGACAAUGUGUCGGAAUUCAAGAUUGGUGAUCGUGUAGUUGCAAUGGCACCCAGUCAUUUUGCAACCGUCGAGUGCUUGCCAGAAUGGGCAGUGUUGAAAUUGCGCGAUGAAGAGGACUUCACAACAGCCUCCACAAUUCCGCUGGUAUUUUCAACAGUCAUUUAUGCACUGCAUCAUCGGGCGCAUUUGCAGCCAGGAGAGUCCGUUCUUGUUCAUUCCGCUGCUGGGGGUGUUGGAAUGGCGGCGAUCCAGUACGCGAAGCAUCUUGGAGCCAAGAUCUUUGCCACCGUCGGAAACGAAACUAAAAAGUCAUUUCUCGUGGAAAAGUAUGGUUUAGAUCCAACCCAUAUCUUCAGCUCGCGGAAUUCAUCCUUCCUUCCCGCCAUCAUGGAAGCCACAUCUGGUCAAGGAGUUGACGUAGUAUUGAACUCCCUGACUGGCGACCUUCUGCGCAGCAGCUUUGAAGCAUGUGCCGACUUUGGCCGCUUCAUCGACAUUGGGAAACGUGACAUCCUUGAUCAUGGCCUCCUGGAUAUGUCCACGUUCGGUCGCAACGUCGCUUUCAUAGCCUUUGAUCUAUCUCAUCUCUAUCUCUCGAAGAACCAUACCCAUCACAGACUUUGGAAGACCCUACUCACAGAGAGUCUUCAAUUAAUGAGAGCCAAGAUCUGUGAGCCUUGUUUCCCGAUCAAGACAUUCGAAGCGUCGAAUAUCACCGAUGCAUUCAGGCAUUUCUCCUUAGGCACACGGCUGGGCAAAGUAACUGUGUCAUUCCAAGUUCCCAACACCAAGAUCAGGGUCAUCCCGAAGAAGUAUGAAACAGCCUUUAUUGCCCAGAAGUCUUAUCUCAUGAUCGGGGGCCUGGGCGGGCUAGGUCGCAGUAUAUCCAAAUGGAUGAUAUCUUGCGGUGCUCGACGGUUCAUAUCUCUCAGUCGUUCGGGUACUGACAAACCCGAGGCGAAGGACUUGGUUGAUGAUCUACAAGCGCAAGGGGCCCAUAUCAUAGUAAUCCGGGGCGAUGUUUGCCGCUAUGAGGAUGUCGAACGGGCCGUGGCAGCGGCAGAUUGUCCUAUUGGAGGCGUGAUCCAAGCGACUAUGGUACUCAACGAGGCUAUAUGGAGUGAUAUGCCACAUAAUGCAUGGUACACUACUAUGGGCCCCAAGGUGCGGGGGACUUGGAAUCUUCAUAAUGUGCUGAGGAAGAAGGGUCGAGACUCCCAGCUGGACUUUUUCGUCAUGACUUCAUCUAUCUCGGGGACCAUAGGCACCGCAACUGAAAGCAACUACUGUGCAGCCAACUCAUUUCUGGACGCUUUCGCUCGUUAUCGCAACCACCUCGGACUGCCGGCCAUUUCCAUAGGCUACGGAAUGAUUUCAGAAGUAGGAUAUUUGCACGAGCACGCAGACAUCGAAGCGCUCAUGAAGCGUGCAGGCGUCCACCCCAUCAACGAAAACGAACUAAUCCAGAUCAUGAAUUUGGCUCUCGUUAACCAAAGGCCAUGUACAUGGGACCCUCGAUACGAUCACCUGGCAGGAAGCCACAUUCUCACCGGUGUGGAAUUCACCAGUCUCCAGGAGCAGCGGGAACGAGGAUUCGAGGGUGAUAACCAUGUCCUUGCUGAUCCUCGCGCGGCAUUGUUCACUGCGUCCUUUGCCCGCGGCGCCGCGGGCGAGGGCAAAAGCGAAACACAGAAUGCGGCGGCGCAACUCCCUGGGGAUAUUGCACGGGCGCUACGCGAUAACCAAAAUAUGGAGUCUUGUCUUGAUGCACUUCGGGCUGUUGUGUCGAAGAAAAUCUCAAAUCUUAUUCUUCUGCCAGAGAAUGACCUGAAAGCGGAUCAGCCUCUGGGUGACUCUGGGUUGGAUUCUAUGCUAGCUGCUGAGUUUCGAACCUUUGUUUUCCGCAUGUUUGAGGUCGACAUUCCAUUUAUUGUGCUUUUGAAGAGGAGUACUACGGUUAAUCAUCUGGUCGAUAUAAUUGCCCAGGGUCUGCGAGCGAGUGCUUAG